ACCCCGACUCUUACUAAAUCUUGUGUUCCAAACCCUGGAUCUUGGAUAGGUUAUUGUCUCAGUGGCUGCUCUUUCUUGAUUGCUGCCUGGGACGAGUGGCCAAGGCCAGAUACGCGAGUUUUGGCUAAUCUCUAAUUUUAUCAAGCUUUUCAAACGUUCGAAACCGAGAAAGAUACUUAAAACUUGUGCUGAUAGUAUUUUGGAUUGGGGCUUUCCACAACCGAUUCUACUCUUUAGGAAUCAUCCAUUGGAAACUACCCUCACAGACCCUAGAUCUUGGCUUCACAGUUCACAAAUGCGGUGAGGUAGUUUUGGCUUGUAUUUUAGCUGGUUGCCUCUUUUUGGUCCCGUAAUUGCUCUCUCCGCAGAGGCAGUGAAUGGAGAAUUCUCCCUAAGGUCAGCGUUUCAUUAAUUGCCUCGCUCUGCUGCUAUAGUAUUCCAGGCAUCGAUCCUACUAUUAAAAUUGCCUGGAGGUUGCCAGCACGUCGGAUUUCGGUCUUGCAGGAAUUGCCCGGAGUCAUUGAGUUAAGAGGAGGGAGGCGCCUUGUGCAGUUUACUAUCUCGCUGGGCGGUGGCCCGAGGCGCGGGACCUAUCCGGUGACUGGAUUGGGCCUUGCCCCUGUCCAUCAUCGGGAGCCUCUCCCCGCCGACUGUUUUGCCCUAAGAUUUGGAAACUGAGCACCGCCUAUGGGAAAGGGGGAAGUGAGGGGCGGUGAGGGUAAACGUUGUGUGUGUUCCCCCAUUUAUUGGAUGGCUGCUGUGUCAGUCAUACUCUGCCCACUCCCGUUGGCUGGAAGGCUCCAGGCAGGUAGCGUGGACGCGGCGCUGCCCCCUCCCCAGCUGCGAUCCAGGCGCGUGACGUCUCAGACAUUUGUUGUUGGGGUUUGGGCCUCAUUAAUUAUUCAUUAGGUACUUGAAAGGGCUUCAGUGAUUGGUGGCUAGGAGGCCUGGUCGAUUGUUUCUUAGCUAGAGAUACGUGUCACUCUUUACGCGGCUGGAGAAGUUUCGCAUAAAUUAUCCAAUGAGGGGCAGGGCGGGGCAACGCAUAGAUUAGGCAAAUGAACCGGGGAGGGAGGGGAGGCCGGCUACGAAUUAGCCUAAGUUAUUAAAGAUGGCGGCGGAGCGGAGUCGCUCCCCGAUGGACUCGCCGGUCCCGGCCUCUAUGUUCGCCCCCGAGCCCAGUUCGCCGGGGGCGGCCAGGGCCGCGGCGGCUGCCGCCCGGCUCCACGGCGGCUUCGACUCGGACUGCAGCGAGGACGGCGAGGCGCUCAACGGCGAGCCGGAGCUGGACCUCACCAGCAAGCUGGUUCUAGUGAGCCCUACAUCAGAGCAGUAUGACAGCCUACUUCGGCAGAUGUGGGAGAGGAUGGACGAGGGAUGCGGAGAGACCAUAUAUGUCAUUGGGCAGGGAUCAGAUGGGACUGAGUAUGGACUGAGCGAAGCUGACAUGGAGGCCUCCUACGCCACAGUGAAGAGCAUGGCGGAACAGAUAGAGGCUGAUGUCAUCCUCCUGCGGGAACGCCAAGAAGCGGGGGGCCGUGUGCGUGAUUACCUGGUCCGGAAACGAGUAGGAGACAAUGACUUCCUGGAGGUCAGGGUAGCAGUGGUAGGCAACGUGGAUGCCGGCAAAAGCACGCUUUUGGGGGUCCUGACACACGGGGAGCUGGACAACGGCCGAGGCUUUGCCCGCCAGAAACUCUUCCGCCACAAACAUGAGAUUGAAUCUGGUCGCACCAGCAGUGUGGGCAACGACAUCCUGGGCUUUGACAGUGAAGGCAAUGUGGUAAACAAGCCAGACAGCCACGGUGGCAGCCUGGAAUGGACAAAGAUUUGUGAGAAAUCCACUAAGGUCAUUACCUUCAUCGACUUGGCUGGCCAUGAGAAGUACCUGAAGACCACUGUCUUUGGCAUGACAGGUCAUUUGCCGGACUUCUGCAUGCUCAUGGUGGGGAGCAAUGCUGGCAUCGUGGGGAUGACCAAGGAACAUCUGGGCCUGGCAUUGGCACUCAAUGUGCCUGUCUUUGUGGUGGUCACCAAGAUUGACAUGUGUCCUGCCAACAUCCUACAAGAAACCCUGAAGCUGUUACAGCGCCUGCUGAAGUCGCCAGGCUGCCGGAAGAUCCCUGUGUUGGUACAGAGCAAGGAUGAUGUGAUUGUUACGGCCUCCAACUUCAGCUCUGAGAGGAUGUGCCCGAUAUUCCAGAUCUCCAACGUCACAGGUGAGAACCUAGAUCUGCUGAAGAUGUUCCUCAACCUCCUCUCUCCCCGCACCAGCUACCGAGAGGAAGAGCCCGCCGAGUUUCAGAUUGACGACACUUACUCUGUCCCAGGUGUGGGGACAGUGGUGUCGGGGACAACGCUGAGAGGCCUGAUCAAGCUGAAUGACACACUGCUGCUGGGCCCAGAUCCCCUGGGUAACUUCCUGUCCAUUGCUGUCAAAUCAAUCCACCGCAAGCGCAUGCCUGUCAAGGAGGUGCGGGGGGGCCAGACGGCCUCCUUUGCGCUGAAGAAGAUCAAGCGCUCGUCCAUCCGCAAGGGCAUGGUGAUGGUUUCCCCACGCUUGAAUCCCCAAGCAUCCUGGGAGUUUGAGGCCGAGAUCCUUGUCCUCCACCACCCCACCACGAUCAGUCCACGCUACCAGGCCAUGGUUCACUGUGGGAGCAUCCGGCAGACGGCCACCAUUCUGAGCAUGGACAAGGACUGUCUGCGCACCGGGGACAAGGCCACCGUGCACUUCCGCUUCAUCAAGACCCCUGAGUACCUGCACAUAGACCAGCGGCUGGUGUUUCGGGAAGGCCGCACCAAGGCCGUGGGCACCAUCACCAAGCUCCUCCAGACCACCAACAACUCCCCGAUGAAUUCGAAGCCCCAGCAGAUUAAAAUGCAGUCAACAAAAAAGGGCCCCCUGGCCAAACGAGAAGAGGGAGGCCCGUCUGGAGGGCCAGCAGUAGGGGCACCCCCGCCUGGAGAUGAAGCUUGCUCUCUAGGGACGGUGCAGCCGGCUUUGUCCAGCGGUCUCCAGGCACAGCCCAAGCCCAGCAGCGGGGGCCGGCGACGGGGGGGCCAGCGUCACAAAGUGAAGUCCCAGGGGGCCUGCGUGACUCCUGCCAGCGGCUGCUGAAUCUCCCCUGGCCCACCCCCACCACCCAAGGGAUCCUUGUACUCUGGCCACUGUGCCACCAGAUGGGCCAGAGCAGCUCUGACCACCACCCGUCCUCCCCCAGGCCACAGCUGGAGCCUCAUCAUGCUCCCCCCACCCCCAUUUUCCAGGGGGGUUGUAAUUUAUAAGCUGAGGAAGGUGGCCAGACUUCCGGAGGACUGACCAUCAUCUACCUUCUUCCCUGCCUUCUUCCUUACUCACAUUUUUUGUAUAUCUGGGCCCUUAGUUUUUAUUCUUUUUAUUAUCUCUCUCUCUAGUGUGUGUGUGUGUGUGUGUGUGUGUGUGUGUGUGUGUGUGUGUGUGUGGGUAGGUGGGUGGGUGGGUGUGUGGUGCAGAAGUGUAGCCAGUCAGGGCCCUGGCAGUCUUUCUCCUUUUAUCCUCUGUGGCCACCAGCCUCCAGGAGCUGGCUGCCUGCCCAUCUGUCCAUCCGUCUGUGUGUUUCUGUGACAAACUUUAGGGGCUUUCAGAAGCUGAGGAGCACAUCACUCCUCUGUGCUCACCCUCCUCCCCUGUGCUCACCCUCCUCCCCUGUGCUCAUUCGUCUGUGCCCAGAGCCCUCUACAGAGCCGGACUCAGGGCUUAGGGGAUUCAUCAGUGUCUGCUGCUGCCCGAGCAGGGAGCCUUCCUUCUGGGACUAGGGGGAUUUUAGCAGAAUGGAGCGUGGUGGCCUCCUUUUUUCUCUCUCCUUUUUUACCCCCUUAAACCCAAAACCAUGUUAUGCCAAAAGCUCUUAAGUUGUAGCCUGUAGAUGUGUGGAGGGGAGUGGCACUUGGAUUGUAGGACCCUUCCUGCCCCUAACUCUGACCCUUGCCACUGACCCAAAGACAGCAGGUGGGUUUUUUUUUUCUCCUUGGAGACAAUCCUGUUUGCCUGGCCAGGCCAGGGCAACUCCUGCUCUGCUGAUUCUGCUGAGCUGAGGCUUUGGCCCUUGAACUUUAACUCUGCAUCUUGUUGGGCCUGGGGGCACUGAUGGCUGACCUGGACUCGCAUCAACUCGCUCUGGGUCCUGCUCACCAGCAUCUCCUAUUGGUGGGGAUGUGUUCCUCUGAGCCAGGCCUGGGCUAGAACUCCUCUUCCCUACCACAGCCCCGCCGUGUUGCCCCAGCUGGCUGCUACAGGAGCACAACAGGGAAAGGUCUGAGCCCCAGUUUUGGAGGCCCCUGUGGGGGUGUGGGGAGGUUAGGUAGGGGGUUGUGAAAAAGAUUCUUCCAGGCCCAGCACAGAGCAUUAAGCCCUCUGGAAGAUUCACCGCCUGGGGUCCUCCAGGCCAGAGAUGGCACCGUGGGGCCCAAACGAGCCUGGCCUGAGCUGCAGACAGAAGCUCUUGGUUUAGGGUGGACUGGUGGGUAGAGAUACGUUCUUCUAACCAGGGCAGACACCCAGCUGGCUGGGUCCUUCCUCAGCCUUGCCUUCUUCCCAUCCCAGCCCUCUCCAUUCUUCUUGCUUCUAAACUGCUGGUCCCUUCCCCUCCCCUCCUUCCAACUAUUUCUAGUUACCACUGACCCAUGGCCAUGGACUGACCGGACCGGCACAGAAAAUAAAAGUUUGUUCCAAGUUGAUGGUGUCAUGUUCCCGGCCCAGGCCCUUCAGGUGGAGGUGCUGCCAUGGGGAAUGCUGGCUGUGCCUCUCUGGAGCCCCCAGCUGUGGAGCAGGGCGGGGUCAGGAGGAGCCCAGCUUCUCCUCUCGGGCAUGUGUGGCUUCAAAACCCAGGCUCCUCUGCCAGCGGUGACAGGGGCCAAGCUGCCAAUCUUCUCUGACCCUCAGUUUCCUCGUCUAGAGCAAGAGGUAAGCGCCUCUGUCACGGGGGUUGUGAGGAUUCGGUGAGAGAACGUACGGUGAAGCUGUGAUGUGCCCAGCACAUGGGAGGUGUCCAGUGAACGGUCCCCGUGCUGCUUACCACUGCACCAGCUGCCAAGUCCAUGUGGCGAUAGGCAGGCUCGGAAGGAGAAACGUGGUGUUGACAAGUCUCUGUGAUGUGGCUGUGCUGUUGGGUGUCUCCCUCACUUGUUUGAUUUUGAAGCUACUAGAUAGGAAAGAGGUGGUGUUCCAUUUUUCCGGUUAGGAAACAAGCUCAGAGAGCAGUCCUCCAGUGGGCACGUUCAUUCCUGCACCGGCCCACGCCGCGGCCAUCCAUAGGCAGCUGCUCUGCUCCUUGCCCUUUGGCCCCUGCCUGUUCCUCGGUGUGCUGUGUCCUUCUUGCUUUUUGACCUGGUUCUGCUUAUAGGGGCCUCUGCCCGCUGGUGCCUUCGGAAGUGGAGGACUCUAGCAUUGGGCAGCGCCCCCCCCCCCCCCCCCCCGCUCUCUGUCCCCGUGGGAGGUACUGUGGCGUCUGUGUUUCCACAGGGUUUCUCCAGGGUGGGACCUUGUUUUGCCUGAACUCUUUGGCCCCUAAGAGCAUCACCGCUUUACUUUUGGAAGCUGCGGCCUCCACCCUGGCCUCUGUCCUCAGACACUCAGGAGGUUGGUUUGGAUCUGUGGUCGCCAGGCCCACACCUGCUGGCAGGGGCUGACUGAAUACAAUGUUUUACUGUCAUUAACAGGGACUCCAAAGGUCCCCUACGGGUCUCAGCCCUACCAACUCUCACUUUGGAACAAAACACCAGCCCUUUUGUAGAUGAUAAAGAAUAAAGUUGUUAACUGAUCAUCUCGA